AAACACAGCAUUACUUCAUACUUGACCGAGGUCGCAUGCUAUUUCCUGUCGUAUAUAUUUCACCGUGUGUAUUAUACGGUCAUGGUACGUACGUGACUAUUCUCUCAUUCUUCGUCUGUCCGUCUGCGACCAAGCACUGACCAUCCGCUCUCAGCCAUGUACAAAUUGUCCGGACUAGUUUUCUGUGGCUGUCUUGCGCUGGGAUAUGGGUUUUUCUUUGGAGGAGCCCAGAACAGUCUGCUUGGAAUGAGCAGAGGUUCUGGUAUGGCGGGGAUGGGCGGCGCAGCAGACAUGUUCGCAGGUUUAUUCGGUACGGGUGGAGGUGCUGGUAUGGGCGGGGAUGCUGGUAUGGGCGGAGGAGGUGCUGGUAUGGGCCGAGGUGCUGGUAUGGGCGGAGGAGGUGCUGGCAUGGGCGGAGAUGCUGGUAUGGGCGAAGGAGGUGCUGGUAUGGGCCGAGGUGCUGGUAUGGGCAGAGGAGGUGCUGGUAUGGGCCGAGGUGCUGGUAUGGGCGGAGGAGGUGCUGGUAUGGGCCUAGGUGCUGGUAUGGGUGGUAUGGGAGCUGGUGGAAAUUCCAUUGCUUCCAUGAUGAACUCCCUAAGUAGGAUGUCUCUCUGUGGUGAGACUCCUUCCCGGAUCAGAUACAAGACAAGGGGCAGCUGUAGCCCAUACGAGUGCAACAGGAUGAGUACCGGAUAUGACGUAGCCUGUUUAGGUCACUCUUGUUGUUGUAAAACAUUCCAAUGUACAGUUUUGUUAGAUGCAAGGAAAUGAUCUAAGGAAAAUUUUAAUUUUGAGAUAGAAAUGGCUGUGAACGAAGGUAUUGACCAUCGCUUGCUUAGCAUUCGGACAAUUGUGAAAGCAUCAGAUGUGGAUGAAAGCGGCAUCAGCAAUUUACAAUUAUAUCCGUCGGUGUAAAAUAGUUAGCAUAUGACAUAAUUAUGGAAAUGAAUUGCACAUACAAAAUUGCAAAGCCAUUACAUUAUUAUCUGUCCAGCGAUCGAUUAAACGUUGUGGAAGGAAUCAGACUAUUGGCAACUUAAACCACAUUCAUAAUGCAACACAAUACAAAUAUGUACAAUAAAAAAUGAUUAUUUCAAUACGAA